AAGCAUUUCUUCUCUGCUCUCUCUCUCUCUCUCUCUCUCUCUCUCUCUCUCUCUAUAGAAUCCUUUUUAAGUAUCACCUCGUUAUCUCAUUCUCUCUCAGCUCAUACUUUCUCGCUCAUUUGUCUCUCAGGGUUUUCCUCAUUUUUCUCGUUCUAUUAAUAUAAUUGAUUCUAGAAGAACUUCAAACUCUAUUACUAUUAUUCCUUCUGAGCUUUGAGUCUUUUGUCAGAACUUCAAACUCACCAAAUAUUUGACAAUGUCGAGCAGAAGGUCCUCGCGGUCGAGGCAGUCGUCGAGCAGGAACAACAACAGUAUCAGUGAUGAACAGAUCACUGAUCUCGUAACCAAGUUACAGCAGCUUCUUCCUGAGAUUCGCAAUAGGCGUUCCGACAAGGCGUCGGCGUCGAAGGUUUUGCAAGAUACUUGCAAUUAUAUUAGAAACUUACACAGAGAGGUGGAUGACCUAAGUGAGCGCUUAUCAGAGCUUUUGGCCACGAUGGACAUCGAUAACGACCAAGCAGCCAUUAUUAGGAGUUUACUUAUGUGAUGAUAUAUGUACGGAGCUUCCUAAUUAAUCAUCAGUGUUAAGUACUAGUACUGUUAAACUCUUUUUGUCGUGAGCCUUUGAUGUAUAACUCUGGCUAGUUAGCUAGCUAGGGUUUGCUCAUUAGGCCAGAAGAAGGAAUUUUUUUUUCUUUUCAGUCCAUAUCUAUGCUAUUACUUCGGACGACCUGUAGUAUGUAUUUAACUUUGGUAAUAAUAAAAGCACUUUUAGA